ACUGCCGUCAACAGCUCAUCUGCUGUACUCUUAAGGCACAAGCACGACUACUGCUACCCUGGUGACGCUAAUACUUCUACCUGUCUUAACGACUCGACAGGGUCACAGUGCAGGCAGGGAGUUCAGUUUUCACGAUGCCAGCACUUUCAGAGGCUACAAUCAAGCUAUUUAGGACAGUCUCGACAAGAGCAACAGUGCAAGGGGAAGGUGGUCUUCUGACUGGCGAGGACCCAUCAGCAUAUAAUAGCUCGGAUCCUUUGAGAUUAUGGAUUAUCCAAGUUGGUGUGAUCAUCAUGAUGGCUCAGUUACUUUCCCUUGGUCUGGGAAGAAUAAGGCAGCCCAAGGUCAUCGCUGAGGUUCUUGGCGGGAUUCUCCUUGGUCCGACUGCUUUCGGAGCCAUUCCAGGGUUUACCCAACAUAUUUUCCCUCAGGACUCCUUACCGUAUCUGUCCCUCGUCGCCAACAUUGGCCUUUGUCUUUUUCUCUUUCUCGUCGGUCUUGAAAUCGAUGCCAGUAUCGUCAAGCGCAAUGCACGCCUCUCGGUUGUCGUUUCCCUGGCGGGAAUUGCUCUCCCUUUCGGUUUGGGCUCCGCGCUCUCAUUACCUCUGUACCACCGCUUCAUCGAUCCCUCGGUGCACUUCACGUAUUUCAUGUUGUUUACCGGUGUGGCGUACUCCAUUACGGCCUUCCCUGUACUCUGUCGUAUCCUCACGGAGCUCAAGUUGCUUGACACCACCGUUGGAAUUGUCGUUCUCUCUGCUGGAGUCGGCAAUGACAUAGUUGGGUGGACAUUACUGGCACUAAGCGUUGCACUUGUCAAUGCCGGUUCCGGACUUACAGCUUUGUGGACUUUAUUGAUUUGUGUCGCUUUUGCGAUCUUCUUACUAUGGCCGGUCAAAAGGGUGAUGCUUUGGCUAGCAAGGAAAACAGGGAGUGUCGAGAACGGUCCUACUAUGUUUUACAUGACGGUCGUGAUACUACUUCUGUGGGGAUCUGCUUUCUUCACUGAUAUUGUGGGUGUGAAUGCGAUUUUCGGGGCCUUUUUGGUUGGGAUUGUCGUCCCUAGAGAAGGUGGACUUGCCAUCACUCUGACAGAGAAGCUGGAGGAUAUGGUAUCGAUCGUCUUUCUUCCUCUGUACUUCACGCUCUCUGGCUUGAACACUAAUCUCAGGUUGCUUAACAAUGGUAUUACGUGGGCUUUCACGAUUGCAAUCGUUGCGCUUUCUUUCACGGGUAAAUUUGGCGGAUGCACCUUGGCAGCUAAAUUCUCCGGCUUUGGAUGGCGAGAAGCGAGCACGGUUGGCUCAUUAAUGAGCUGCAAAGGGCUGGUAGAGUUGAUUGUGCUGAAUGUAGGGUUGGAAGCAGGGAUUCUCUCCCAGACGGUCUUCUCGAUGUUCGUACUCGAGGCUCUGACGCUCACCUUUUUGACAACUCCACUUGUAUCUGUUCUUUAUCCUCCCGAGCGACGAGUGCGGGCUUCAGGCCAACUGGUGCGACGCACUACUGCGGGUGGCGAGGAUGGAGCAGAAUCCAUUGAUUCGAAAUCUCCGGCGGAGGAUGGCCCCUGGCGCUACCGGUUCACUGUUGUGCUGGAUAAGCUCGAGCAUAUUCCUGGCGCAAUGGCGCUCACGCAGCUGAUAAUUCCUGUUCCGUCGAGUCCGUCUGGCAUCACUUCCGUGAUUUCCACGAGUGAAACGGUUGACUUGAAGAAGCCUGAGGUUACAGUGGACGCACUGCGUCUUAUCGAACUUUCCGACCGCACUUCAGCCGUCAUGAAAUCUUCUGCUGCUGACACCCUCAUAUUCACCGAUCCCCUUCUUGGCAUCUUUCGUAUGUUUGGAGAGUUGAACGACUUGGCUAUUUCGACUUCGCUCUCCGUAGUCCCAUUCGACGAUUUCUCACAUAGGGUCGUUGAUCACGCUUCGAGACAUGCAUCCCAACUCGUGCUCCUACCGUGGUUGCCGCCUACGUCCAACUACCAGAACACGAUGGAAGCUGAGGCAACUCCUACCACACCAAAGUCGCCAAGAUUUGAGCACAACCCUUUCGAAGCUUUCUUUGGCAGCCUCUCCAGGGCGGACAAGUCAGCCUCUGUGAUGAACUCACAGUUCGUCCGCGGUGUGUUCGCCCAAAGCAAAUCGGAUGUCGCUGUAUUCAUCGACACUGGUGAUCGUUCGGGUGCCGGUGGCUCACAGCACGUCUUCUUCCCCUUCUUUGGUGGACCGGAUGAUAGGCUUUCAUUGGAAUUUGUUGUCCAGUUGUGCCUUAACCCAAGGAUGACAGCGACCGUAGUGAGGUAUAUCAAGCGGGAUGUCGACGCUGCGCCUUUGGAGAGGCCCGAGGGUGUCUAUGGACAUGAAAAAGAACAAAACCCUACUCUCCGGGCUCUAGUUCAUCGGGAUGACACGCUCAGCAUAAGAUCUACCGCGUUCCCAGACACGGUUUACGGGCAGCCAAACACUCAGACUCGCAUGCAGUCCGAGACGGCGGACAGCGUGACGUGGAACAAAUACGCUUCGUUCAACCCUGAUUCCGAUAUUCCUUCGCUUCUCCGUGCUGCCUUGUCCCGUAUCCAUUUUUCAGAGUUGCCCACACCUACACCACUUCGCGCCGCGAUCCAGCGGGCUGCAAUUAUCAAAAAAACGCAUACGCGACUUCUUAUAGUCGCUGGGCGCUCGAAACGACUUGCGGUUGAAAGCCACCAUCAGGAACUGAAGGCGACUUCCGAGGAAUACGGAGCGAGCGGGGAGGUGGUGAGGAAGACUAUCGGAGACGUCGCUUCAGCUAUGGUUGUAUCGAGCUCCGCGAGUGCUCUUGUGGUGCUGCAAGCGGCGAUCCCUGCGGAGUGAAAUACAUGAGUAACGGUUGAAGAGGCUGCUGUGUGAUUGAUACCCGUGAUCCGAUAUCUGAUAUCCGGGUGAUGAUACGAUUCGAACAUAUACCACCUCACAAUUGUACCAUAGAUGUACCAUCGAUCUACUAGUGUACAAGCAAGAACAUCGGUUAUCCAUACCGAACGUAUACCCACACGUUGUGGAGGCAGCGAGGUGUACAGGAACUCCGCGGGUGUUGACGUCAUGGCGAUA